UCAUCAGAGUAACAUCCACUCUGCCUCUGCUGAGCACAGUGGGUCCUGCUCUUGGCUGGGGCUUCUAGACACCACCACAAGUUACAGGCAUGAUUCUCUCUGUACGCUUGUCUCCACCUUCUCCGUCCAUGCUCCAGUGCUGGUGAGAGCCUGCAACGAGACGCUGUCUUCUGUGGCUUCAGGAUCCCAGCAAGAAUGGGAGUCUGAUGGAUUGUAAAUGCACCUGCUUUGUUUAAAACCCAGCCAAACAGAUAAGUGCACUUUUAAUUCUCUCUGGAUGGUGCUUUAGACAGCUCUGCACAACAUCUCUCUUCAGUUUGGUGAGGCUCUGUGUUUCACUCCUGCAAAUGAAUGCUGUGUGGGUCUCACUUCAGCUGAGAAAUACCAGACAAUAUUGGUAUUUCACACUAAGGUAAUUAAUUGGUGUCUGAGGAAACUGCAGCUGAGAGGCUGGGAGGCUCCCAGGGGUCUAUCCCGGCUCUUCCAGAGCCACUGUCUCCAGCAGCCCUGUGAGGUUUUGGGACUCUGAGGAGCAGCUCUCUGGGACCAGAUGAGGCUGAUGUGACCCAUCUGAGCCUUAAAGAGUCCUAUGGGACUCAUUAGAUGUUUAAUAACUAAACUUGGCUGGUUUGAGAGGAUGCUUGUGCAGGCUUGGCGCAAUCUCAGAGAAACCAGCUCAUGCUGCUGGCUUCUCUGAGAUUCUCUGCACAUUCUUCUGCAUGUGCUUGUCAUAUGUGUGCAGAGAAAGUGAUAACCCUGCUUCCUCCCACCAGCUUGCAGGUGGGGAAAGAGCUGGGGAGGGGGGAGAAAAGACCUUGGUUACACUGAGUUUACCCAGGGCAUGCAGAGAAGUAUAGUGGGUGAGUGGUAACAAGAAUUGUCCCCUCAAAGUUAGGGGAACAUUUUUAUCUCUCUACCAAGAAAGCAAUUUCUGGCUGCUUAGGUCUGCUUCUAGAGGUGACAACUGUCUCCUUAUGGACACCCCACUGCAAUUAUUAAAUUAUUCACGAAACCCAUAAAAUAGGGUCUCAUGUAAAGUGGAACUUUGCAAUAAUAUACAGCCAUGGGGCUGGGGCAAAUGUUCACCAUAAUACAAUUUACUGUGUUAGAAUAAUGAAAAGAAAAGCACUGAAGCUGAGUGUGUGAGCAUUGUUGGGGAUGUGUGGCAGGAGGCUGGACAAGAGCCAAAUUAUCUACUCCAGUCUUGUCUUGCCUGCUCUUCCAGGGAUAAUUACUAAUAUAAAAUAUCUACCUUGCUAUUAGGAAAACUACAACUAGGUUUGCAACAGCAAAUUAGGCAGUAGUAACUGACCUGAAUUCAUCUCACCUCCCUAAGCAGAAGGUGGGUUUCCUGGUGAAGUUGCCAAUUUAGGGGUGAUAGAGAGAGACAGUAGAGACGAGGAGGGGAAGUGGGAGGUUGCUGCAGUUUGUGAGAACUAAAUCUGGAUCAACUCGUGAUCCCUGAAGUGUCUGAAGUUCCUUCUUUUCCAGGAAAAACUUCACUGCUCUGUUAUUACCAAGGAAUUUUUUAUAUUAAUAGAAGAAAUGGCACGUCUGUUAGCAAUGACUAAGCUCUGUCUUACAACUGUAAACAGUAUUUAUUCCUGACUCUGCAGUACUUUGAAAGCAAAAAAGCCUGACACUGUAUUAAGAAACGCUGAUUAAAUGGAGCUCUAGUGAGAAAUCAGGGCUAGUUCAUUCAGCAAGGGUGGAUAGGAAGUUUAAAAAGCUUAAAUCCUCUCUGUGCACCAACUAAAGCAGCUUAAUGUUUUUCUCAUCUCAUAUAUUCUUUCUCAAGGUGUUGAUUGUUAGGUUUGCAACUUUAAAUCUCUUUUCUGCCAGUGAGCUGAAAUCAAUGUAUUCCCUAUUAGAUCCCAUUAAAUUAACCCCAAACUGGCCAGUUCCAGUCUGGGCAAUCUGACAUUACUCAAAGUCAAAUCUGGGAAUCAUCCUGAGGUGUGGCUGGCAUACAACAUGUAACACUCAGUGCUGCCAGAAGAAGCAGAAAACACUUGAAGUGUCUCUUGGGAGCUGUACUGAUGAGAUAUAUGAUACCAAGGGUGUUCUACUCACCUGUGGUUUGGCUGGUACUUCCUGCAGCUGAGGAGAACAGAUUCAACAGCUCUUGUCCAGUUACUGAAAAAAAUUUUGUCCCGAAAAGAAGAUCCUUGAAUCCCUAACUCCUUGUCUUACAGGUGAACCUUGAGGACACUUGGGAGACUGUAGCUCCUGAAUGUGUGACCUUCCCCUGUGAUUAGAAGAAAGCCAUGGGGAAAGACAAGAAAGAAGAGGCCAUCUUCCUGAGGAAAAAGAUCACUUUGCUGUGGGCUUUCUCGCUGCUCAUCGGCAGCAUGGUUGGCAGCGGCAUCUUCAUCUCCCCCAAAGGAGUCCUGAAAAACUCCGGCAGUGUGGGAUUCUCCCUGCUUGUCUGGUUUUCCUGUGGGCUCCUCUCCAUGUUUGGUGCAUUGUGUUAUGCAGAGCUUGGAACAAGAAUCACCAAGUCUGGAGGACACUAUAUCUACAUUUUGGAGACACUAGGGCCUCUGCCAAGUUUCUUAUUCCUGUGGGCAGAGUUUUUUGCUAUCAGGCCUGCCAACAGUGCUGUGGUUUCCCUGGCAUUUGGGCGCUACAUGCUGGAGCCAUUCUUCGCCCCCUGUGCUGCCCCUGUCCCCGCGGUGAAGCUCGUGUCUCUCCUGGGCUACUACACGGUCCUGACCCUCAAUUCCUGGAGUGUCACCUGGAGCGCGCGGCUGCAGACGGCUCUCUCCGUCGUCAAACUCCUGGCCCUUGCACUCAUCAUUGUGCCAGGGAUGAUGCUGCUGGCCCAGGGCCACACCGAGAACUUCCAGGAUGCUUUUGACAGACAGUCGCUGGUUCUGGAUAAGCUCCCCCUGGCUUUCUAUGCAGGCAUGUUCGCAUACUCCGGCUGGUUUCAGACUGGCUUUGUGCGUGAAGAGUUGGUCAAACCUGAACGAAAUAUCCCCCUGGCUGUCAUCGUGUCUGUGAUCACGGUAAUUGUGGGAUACAUGCUCACCAACGUCUCCUAUUACACAGUCCUGGGAACAGAAGAUGUUCUGGCUUCUCCUGCUGUGGCUGUGAGCUUUGUGCAGCGAGCCUUCAAAAGCUUGAUCUCCGUGGUCCCUGUCCUUGUCGCACUGUCCUGCUUUGGAACCAUGAAUGGAGGAAUCUUCACGUUUUCAAGGACUCUGUUUGUGGCUUCCAGGGAAGGGCAGUGGCCUCCUCUCUUCUCCAUGAUCCACAUUCGAAGGCAUACACCCCUUCCUGCUGUCAUGUUAAUGUUCCCUUUGGUCACUGCCAUGGUGUGCAUUGGAGACAUCUACCAUCUACUGAACUUCUUCAGCUUUUCCCGAUGGCUCUUCAUAGGACUGGCCACCCUGGGGCUCAUUGUCCAUCGCCACCGUCACCCGGAGCUGCAAAGCCCCUUCAAGGUUCCCCUCUUUGUUCCUGUCUCUUUUACCAUCAUCUGCCUCUUCACAGUGGCAAUGUCUUUCUACUCAGACCCUGUAAACAUCAGCAUUGGAUGCACCAUAGUUUUGAGUGGUUUUCCAGUCUACUACCUCAUCAUUCACAGGCAGAUGUCAGACCGCUGCCGCAACCUGUUUUAUUAUCUUACACACAAACUACAGUUACUGCUGGAAGUUGUCCAACAAGAAAUCAAGACUUACUGAAAAAACCAUGAAAACUCACAGAAGACAAUAAAAAUCUACUUACGCCAUUUUUGACAUCUUUGAUCCUACUAAAAGCAGGCCAUGCUUUUAUUGUUUUUAGUCUGAGGAUGACUGAGCCAAAACCUUGCUGCAAGUUCCUAAGCUUGCCAGCUGGGAUCUGUUCCUGCCCUUUUAUUUUUUUCAGAAGAGCAAACUAGUUCUCUGAAUUGAGUUUGCUUUGCCUGCAGAGUGCCUUUGAAACCAAGAUCCUAAUUUUGCAGCCUAGCCCACUCCUGAGAAAAAUGUUGUGUGUGUGUGUGUGUGUGUGCGCGUGUACAGAGACAGUAUUUUGUUUUCCUGGCUUGGCAAAUAGAGGAAGUGGGCAUGUUGCAAAACUUAGAAUCCAAUAAAUGGAAGCCAAAUGCAAGUUCCAAACAGAAUCAUUAUAGGAGCCUUGUUAUGGACAAGGGGAAGGGCUGGGGAGAGCUAAUUAGAGAUAAGGCAGAUGAAUUGGAAAGGGGAAUACAGGGGGAUAAAAUUUUAUUCACCAGAAACUGCAGAUUGAGCUAAUGAGAAGAUAUUUGAAAUUCAAGUAUUAACAAAGUAAAGUCAGAAUGUUUUGCUUUGUUUUGCUUUGAUUUUUGUAGAAGCAGAAUGAGAUUUUUAGCCUUGAAAUGAUCUUUCAACUUUGAAUUUUCCUUUUCUGAAAUUACAUUUUUAAAUGUACAAGUGCAUUUUUAAAACAAUCAGUUAAAUAUCAACUAGAAUAUGACAGGAGAGAUCCUAGUCCCUCCCCUAGCUUCCCAGACCCACUCCUCACCAGUGAAGUUGUAAACUCAGAAUUUGGCCUAGCUCCAGUGAAAUACAAUUCCUCUUUUAAUUAGACAGGACCACUGAUGAGACUUGGGCAGAUUCCUGAAUAAAUGCAUCUUCUGGUGCUGUAAGAAGACAUGAUGAGUGACUUCACAUCCAAGCUUUAACUUGCCAAUUGCUGAUUUAAUCCAUAAAUGCUCAUUUGAACUAAUGGCAUAAGAAAGGUUUCCAUUAUUGGAUUACUUUGGUUUACAUUAUUACAUUAUUAAUGUGGCAAUGUUAUGUCCAGAUCGUAUAGCAAUUACCUAUUUACAAUCACGUAAUUGUUAAUUGGUUCCUAAAAGAUGGGAAGUAGCAUGCUGAGACUCCUCUAAUGACUGCUGGAAAGAGGAACAGCAGAAUGUAGAGCACUUUUAAAUUCUUUGUAUCAAACAUUUAUGUACGUAAAAUAAAAAAAAAAGGCACCAUUUACAAAUCCAAUGUAAUCUAAUGAAACAUGUAAAAUUUUGGAACUAAAGUUGGGUUAUUUUCAAAGCAA